CAUAUGCGAGAGGCUGCAGAGAGGAGGCAGCAGUUGGAAGAGGAGCAUGAGCAGGCCCUGGCUGUCCUCACCACCAAGCAGCAGGAGAUUCACCUUCUGCAGAGGGCUCAAGUUAAAGCUGAGAAAGAGCAUGAGGGAGCGGUCCACCUGUUAGAGGUCAAGGUUCGCGACCUGGAGCUGAAAUGCAGGUCACAGACUGAACAGUUUGUUCAGCUGUCCAAGGACCUGGAGGAUUUCCGUUUGGAGGCGGAUACUGUAGACAUCCUCAGCACUGAGCCUUUCUCCAAACACGACGUUCCCUUUCACCCGGAAAAUAAACUCUCCCAAAUCCUCAACGGACUGGCAGCCCAGGCAGGGAAAGGCGAUGAGAGCUCGGCAAACACUCGGCUGAUAUCCAAGUUCCUCCGCCCACUGCAGAUCGGAGACAGAGACAGGCCGGAGCUGCUGUCUGUCAAUCCCUCUGCCGUGACAACGAGCUGCCCCAGCAGCCCGCGGCGGGCGACUCCCUCAGAGAUGGAGGAUGAGAUCCGUCGUGCACCCAGGUCCAAGCCUCGCUACACUGGCGCAGUCCGUCUAUGCACCGCCCGCUACAGUUACAACCCUUAUGAUGGACCUAAUGAGCACCCAGAGGCAGAGCUCCCCCUGGUGGCUGGGAAGUACCUGUAUGUGUACGGCACGAUGGAUGACGACGGCUUCUACGAAGGGGAGCUGCUGGAUGGCCAGCGAGGACUGGUCCCCUCCAACUUUGUGGAGUUUGUCCAAGACAAGGAGAAACCAUCCAUCCAGCCAGGGGACACAGGGGAGGACCUGGGCUCUCUGGACAAUACCUCCCUGGGCCUAAUGGGGGCCGAUGGAGGGCCCCCUCAGGAUGGGCUACUGGGCUCCACCAACCCACUGGGCCCCUGCAGCAACGGCACAGGCCCCCUGGACCCUGAGGAUCUGUCUGAUGACAUUGUGCCUUACCCCCGGAGGAUCACCCUAAUCAAGCAGUUGGCCCGUAGCGUCAUUGUGGCCUGGGAGCCCCCCAUGGUGACCAUGGGCUGGGGAAACAUCAGCUGCUACAACGUGCUGGUGGAUGGCGAGGUGCGUGCCAGCGUGCCCUACGGGGGCAGGACCAAGUCUUUGUUGGAGAAGCUGGAUCUGGACACGUAUACGCACCGCGUGUCCGUGCAGAGUGUGACAGACAGGGGACUGUCGGACGAGCUACGCUGCACCCUGAUGGUGGGAGCCAACGUGGUGGUGGCGCCGUACGGCCUGCGUGUGGACGACAUCCUGCGCGACUCGGCCGAGCUCUCCUGGUUGCCCAGCAACAGUAACUAUGGGCACACGGUGUUCCUGGAUGGGGCGGAGCAUGCGGUGGUGCGGCCGGGGAGGUACAGGCUGCGCUUCGUCAACCUCAAGGCCAUGACGGUGUACAAGGUGAGGGUGGUGGCCCGGCCACACCAGGUGCCAUGGCAACUGCUCAUGGAGCAGAGGGAGAAGAAGGAGACUGCUGUGGAGUUCUGCACACAAGCUGCUGGCCCCCCAUUACCCCCUCAGGAGGUGCAGGUGCAGUGUGGCCAGGCCCCAGGGGUCCUGCAGGUGCGCUGGAAGCCCCCUGUCCUCUCACCCACCGGAACCUCCAAUGGAGCCAGCGUCAUCGGAUAUGCAGUCUGCACUAAAGGACAGAGGAUAGCGGAGGUGUUAUACCCCCUGGCUGACUAUGUAACAGUGGAGCUGAACAGGAUCCAGUGUCUGGAGGCCAGGGAGGUCAUCGUCAGGACGUUGUCAGCACAGGGAGAGUCCCAGGACUCCCAAGUCGCCCCCAUUCCAAACAACCUACUGGUGCCUCUUCCUCACAAUGCCCCCCUGCCCCCUCCGCACCUACACGCAGGGCCCCCUCCACCUCACCCCCAUGCCCCCCCACCCCACCUCCAGUCACCUCACCUCCCCCACCCCCAACUACCCAUGCCUCACCCCCAGCCUCUCUCACCCCUGCCUCACACACAACCCCUCCCUAACCACCCUCCUCACCCUCAACCCCAGCCACACCUCCAACCCCUGCAACCUCAUCCUGUCUCCCAGCCCCAGACUCACCAACAGCCUCACCCCCCUCACCCUGGUGGUCCUCCACAGCCACUGCACCUCCAGCCUCACCCACCUCACCCAAUGCCCCAGCACCGCCUACCCCUGCUGCCUCAUCCCCCCCCCCAGCUCCACCAGAGACCAGUUAGUGCCAGAGACCUGGAACCGAAAGAGCAGGUGGCCCACCAUGGGGGAAUCCCCAGCCAGCCCUGGGACCCUACCUGCUCCCCCUCCGGCCAGCCUCCUCCUACCCCCAUGCACGGACACACCCUGGAGGCGCCCCCCUCUGCUAACCUGCGCUCGCCCUCCCCCCAGAGGAUCCUGCCCCAGCCCAGGGGCACCCCCAUCCCAGACCAAAUGGCCAAAGCCAUCGCCCGCAAGGCAGCACAGAGGGUGGCUGCAGAGAGUGGCAGAAUGGAGAGGAGAGUCAUCUACAAUGAGCAGUGUCAGGCCUUCCACCAACAGAACUCAGACGAGGAGGAGGAGGAUGAGGAAGGGAAAGGUCGAAGCCGCAGGAGACAGGGGGCCUCAGUGGAUGAGUUUCUCAGAGGGUCCGAGCUGGGCAGGCCGGCCCACUACAGCCACAGUGAGGAGUACCACAGUGACAGCAGCCGGGGCUCUGACCUUUCUGACAUCAUGGAGGAGGAUGAGGAGGAGCUCUACUCUGAGAUGCAGCUGGAGGAGGGACGACGACGCAACUCCCACAAUGCACUCAAGAUUGGGAACACCCUCUCCGGGGGUCGGCUGGAUCGGGAGACGGGGAGAAGAAUGCCCCGAGACGGUCCACAGCCCCAGAGACGCCCUCUCAUGGUGCCCUCCAUUGAGGGAUACAGGGACCGGGAACGCCGCUCCCCUCCUAACUACGAUGAGUCGGAACCAGAGGAAUCCUUCCGGAUCUUUGUGGCUCUGUUUGACUACGACCCCCUGUCCAUGUCUCCCAACCCGGACGCAGCAGAUGAGGAACUGCCCUUCAAAGAGGGCCAGAUCAUUAGGGUAUAUGGUGAUAAGGACACAGAUGGUUUCUACCGAGGGGAGAUCAGGGGAGGCAGGAUGGGGCUCUUGCCCUGCAACAUGGUGUCAGAGAUCAGGGCUGAGGACGAGGAGACCAUGGACCAGCUCAUCAAGCAGGGCUUCCUCCCGCUCAACACACCAGUGGAUAAAGUAGGAAUAGGGCAGGACAGACGAGGCUUCCGCCAGCACCAGGCCACCAGGAGGAUGGUGGCCCUCUACGACUAUGACCCCAGAGAGAGCUCCCCCAAUGUGGACGUGGAGGCUGAGCUGACCUUCUGUGCUGGUGACAUCAUCUCUGUAUUUGGAGAGAUUGAUGAAGACGGGUUCUACUAUGGUGAAAUCAAUGGCCACCGCGGCCUCGUCCCCUCUAAUUUUCUAGAAGAAGUGCCUGACGACGUGGAGGUGUACCUGACGGACACUCCUUCUCACUAUGCCCAGGACGAGCACGCCAACCGGGCAGAGGCCAAAAGGGUACAUCGCCGCUCUCAGCGCUAGGCCCUCUGUCCAUCCAUCCUCCGUCUCUCUUGAUUUACGUCUCGCUUUCUCCAAUUGCCGUCUGUGUUCUGUGUGUGUGUGUUGUCCGUGUUUGACAGUGACAGUGGUGAACAUACAAACCUUAUCCCCCGCCUGGUGAAAGGGACAAACACAGUCAUACCUUCUGAUUGUUAGAAAGGAAGAAGCCAAGGCCAAAGUGGACAGAGAAAUAGAACACUUGACCUAUGUCAGUACGGGGCAGGUGAUAUUCACAUAGCAGUGACAAAGGACAGUGGAUAUUUGAAAAAGGUUUAAGUCAUUAAUUGGGUACCCUCUUUGCACUGAAACACUAAACCAAACGCUGGAUAUUGUGUCUAUUAAUAGUGCUUUAUGAACACCUCUGAAGAGUUCCUGAUUUCUAUCAGUUGUUCUCCAAUGGAAGUAAAGGAUUUGAGUAAACUGUAGGGGUUGAUAAUAUAGCAAAGCAUGCCUUUUUCAAAAAUAAACUUGAUACCUUUUAUAUAAUAGUAGACUUUAUUGGCCCAACUGCUGUAUUUCCUGGGAGAGGCUUUGUUUCUUUUUGUAUACUGCACACACUUAAAAUAUAUAUUUUUCAGGCCUGGUGAAAUUGGAUAGAUAUGCCAUGUUUGAUCUAAACCAGAAGAAAUAACAGCCACAGUGAGACAUCCAUACUGUAAUGGUACAAUGGGAAAAUAA